AUGCUUAGAGUAAUGGAUCAGACGGUGCCUCCCGCGUUGAAAGCGAUUUUGAUUUUCUGUGAGGUGAUGGUGCUGGCGAGGCGUUAUGUCUUCGCUGCGGCUGCCACUGUCGUCUCUUCCGCCACCACCGGCGAAUAUUUCUCGGUAUGUGACAGCGUCGCGAGACAGUGUCGUCAUCCGCUCGUGUGUUCGAGAUUGAGGCUGCUGUCGUCGCCUUUCGUCUGUCUUUGUCCUGAAGGGUUCACUUGGGACCUGAAUUUAAGUAUCUGCACUGCGCAACACAACUUCAGCCUCAGUCCGUGUUCGCCGCGCAACAACAGCUGCAGUGAUAAUGAAUUUUGCUGGCUUAUGAUCAACUCAACGACCGAUGGCUUUUGUAUUUGCAAGCCCGGCUUUCAGCGAAACCGUUUCCUUUACUGCGUGCCGAUCGCCAAGUCUUCGUUGCGGUUACGUAACAACGAAAUCGCCCCCAUAGUCGACACCCCCUCCGGACGAAGUCAGCCGCUGACGCUUUCAAUCUCUGGCCCGCGCCUGGUGACAGUGCCUACUACUGGCGUCCGGUUCGUCGCCAACCUCACCAGCACGGUACAGCCAACAGGCAUCCUAUACAGAUGGAGCGUCCGGCGCAUUUUGAACGACUCCGAUCCGGGUUUUCAUCCUAGUUCCGAAUCGGUUUCAUCAAAUCCCAUGAUACUGGGGGAAGAGGACAAAAUCUUGCAUCUUCUUGAUGUUCAGGCAGGCCAGUAUCUAGUGCAACUGAACACAUUCACUCCUGAUGGCGACGCGCGGGCAGAGCUCCUGUUUACUGCACGGCGUUCCAAUUGCGACCAGCUCUGUUCCGGACAUAGUGCUUGCGAUCAAUUUACGGGACUUUGUCGGUGUGACAAGUACUGGAUGCCGAACCUGGUUGCAUUCUACUUCGAUGGUAAACUGAACUGCGUUCACGACAGAUGUGAGCUGGAUGGCUGGAAGGAAGCCCUGAACUUCCCUGACGUUCCUGAAGUUUCAGAGCCAAACAAGCUUUCGAAGUUGCUCUGUCAAUCCUCUGAUAGCUUGGACGAGAAGUUUGUUCUGUCGGCGCUGAACAACAUCGAAUCUUUCGAGUCGUUGUACUCCCUUUCAUUAAGCGAGCAGCGGAAGCUCGUUGGUGUCGUCGCCGGCUGCAGUCGAGAAACGGCGAUCGAAGCUUUGCGCAGACUUAUACCUUCUACUCUGCUCACGCCGAGCAGCGGUCCUGAUUUGACGGAGUUGAUUUUGCGGAUUUCUUCCGUUGACCUCAUGCUUAGGUUCUUGACCGUGUUUCCUGGUGUCAGCGAAAGAUCUAUGGUAGCAUUUCUGCAGUUUGCGUUAAGACAUAUUGACGCAGACAUGCCUUCUGAAGAUUCGCAGAAGCUAAUGCAAGUUACAUUAUUCCCUUUAGUGAUGUUUCGACUCUUGUUUUUUAGCCUCGAGGUGUUAAGAAUGCCGCAUGACUUUCCAUACCUCGUCAGAGAAUUGAAGAUAUUAAGCUCCAACGAUGUGAAGGUACUGUUGAGGUAUGUUCGUGUGCUGCUAAUCGACUGCGUAACUUGCGCAAAUAAAGAAGCCAGUCUUUCUCAGGUAGUUGACUUUUUGAAUGCCGUCUUAGAUGCACAAUUUAUUAAUCUAAUACGCGAUAAGGACGCCCAAGACGAUUUGGCGCAGUGUCAGAUGGCGGUGUAUGCUUUGGUACGAAACGUCAUUUUGCUGCAUGAAAAAUUGUAA